GGACAUAGAAGACGUAGGUGACACUCUUGUAGAAUUAUAAGUUACCUUGAUGCGUACGGUUGCGUAUUGGAAUAAUGCAUAGUGAUAUAUGAACACCUACGAUGAAAAUUGUUUGCUUUGGUCCCUUGUGGUUAUGAUUGGCUUUAUUAUUUUGAAGCUCUGUAGUCGUUGCUAUAGUCAAAAAUCUUGCUUUAUUUGGAACCUCUGACAUUUUCUAUUUUUGUUUGUUUUGUCUAUUUAUCAGAAGUUAAGUUUGGUCGGAGUAUUUGUUAACAUAAUAUCUUCGGGUAUGGCCACUGAGGCUGCACAUGAUGGGCAUAGUGAUGACGGUGAUGAUAAGCCUAUAGUGUUCAAGAGAAGUGAUAAUGGAGAUUCUGAGGAUGUUAGACCUUUAAGCUCAAUACUUUUCAGGAAUUCCCCUUUGGAUAGGCCAAGUGAAAUUAUUAAAGAUGAGUCUGAUGAUGAUGAAGCUCCAAUAUCGUCAAGGUUUCGAAAGAAGAAUGGUAAUGGGGUUUCAGGUAGCAAACAAGACUCUACUGAUGAAAAUAAAUCUUUGGUUAAUAAGUUGAAGAAUGGCUCCACACUUGAGCAUGAAUGUUCCAAGGUAUCUGGCAAGAGAAUUCUGGAGAAGAGCAGUUCUGCAGAUCAAUCUUCUAUGAAGAAGCUCAAGGUAUCAUCUUCAUCUACGUCAGUUGCCAUGAAACAAGAUUCUUUGAAAAAACUAGGUGAUAAGAGGAAGGUUGAAGUAUCACCUAAAAAAUUGUCAGUCAAAGAAGAUGAAACUGAAGAUGAUGAUGAUGAUGAUGAUGAUGUUCCCAUUGCCAAGAGAAUCAAGUCAGAAUCCUCCAAGUAUAAAACACCCUCUGCAAAGCCUAAAGUGGUAAAACAGAGUUCUACUUCAUCAGCUACGAAGUCCAAAGUGAAAAGAGUAGUUUCUCCUCCGUCCAAGACAAGGAGCAAAAAGUCCAAGAAAGUGAUGAACGAAUCUAAGUUUGCUAAGAGUUCAAAAACCUUACCUACUGGCGAUGGUAAAAAGAAAUGGACAACCUUGGUACACAAUGGUGUCACUUUUCCACCUCCAUAUAAACCUCAUGGGGUUCAGAUUUUAUAUAAGGGGAAUCCAGUCAACUUAUCUCCUGACCAAGAAGAGGUUGCAACGAUGUUUGCUGUGAUGAGAGAGACAGACUUUUAUAAUAAACCUCGAUUUAGGGAAAAUUUCUGGAAUGAUUGGCGAAAACUACUUGGCAAGAAUCAUGUGAUACAGAAGCUGGAUGAUUGUGACUUUACACCAAUAUAUGAUUGGCAUUUGGAAGAAAAGAAGAAGAAAAAAGCUUCGCCAGAGAAAAACCCGAAACAGGGGGAGAAAUAUAUGUGGGCUGUUGUGGACGGUGUCAAAGAGAAGGUUGGGAAUUUCAGUGUAGAACCUCCCGGGCUAUUCCGAGGUCGAGGAGAACAUCCCAAGAUAGGAAAAUUGAAAAGGCGUAUAUAUCCUAGUGACAUCACUCUAAAUAUCGGGAAAGAUGCUCCUAUACCUGAAUGUCCCAUCCCUGGUGAAAGAUGGAAAGAAGUAAAGCAUGAUAACACAGUCAUCUGGCUAGCUAUCUGGAAAGAUCCUAUUCACCCGGGACGCUACAAGUAUGUUUCUCUGUCAGCUAGCAGUUCACAGAAAGGUCAAAGCGACAAGAAGAAGUAUGAGAAAGCCAGGAAUCUUAAGGACCACAUAGAAAAUAUAAGAGCAACGUACACCAAGAAUUUUACUGCCAAGGAUGUUUCAAAUCGACAAAUAGCUGUGGCUACCUAUCUCAUUGAUAAAUUGGCACUUAGAGCUGGAAAUGAGAAGGAUGAUGAUGAGGCGGACACAGUUGGUUGCUGUACAUUAAAAGUAGGAAAUGUGGAGUGUGUUCCUCCAAAUAAGCUAAAGUUUGACUUCCUUGGUAAAGAUUCAAUCCAAUAUGUGAAUACCGUCGAAGUUGAACCUCUUGUUUACAAAGCCAUUGCACAGUUCCGGGCUGGUAAAUCAAAUUCAGACGAUCUUUUUGAUGAGUUAGACACAAGCAAACUGAAUGCUCAUCUUAAGGAGCUUGUAACUGGCCUCACAGCUAAAGUAUUCCGUACUUACAAUGCAUCCAUCACGCUGGAUGUAAUGUUGAGGCAAGAAACCAGAGAGGGUGAUGUUAAACAGAAAGUAGUAGUUUAUCAGCAAGCAAACAAGGAGGUAGCGUUAAUUUGUAAUCACCAGCGUACCGUUUCAAAGUCUCACGGUGCACAAAUCCAGAGAUUGGCUGGAAAAAUAGAAGAACUCAAGGAGGGUCUUAAAGAACUCAAAAACAAUUUGGAGAGGGCUAAAAAGGGAAAAUCUCCAUUGGAAGGUUCAGAUGGAAAGAAAACAAGAAACAUAACUCCAGAAGCGUGGGAGAAGAAGAUAGCUCAACAGAAGAUGAAGAUAGAGAAGAUGGAAGGAGACAUGCAGACAAAGGAGGACUUGAAAACCGUGGCGCUGGGCACGUCUAAGAUCAACUACAUGGAUCCUAGGAUCACGGUCGCGUGGUGCAAACGCCAUGAAGUACCCAUUGAAAAGAUAUUCAACAAGUCUCUGCUGGAGAAAUUUGCGUGGGCAAUGGACGUAGAACCUCACUUCACAUUCUAAUAUGCACUGCAGCAGCAGCAGCUGAUGAGAAUUUCUCAAACUGAGCAAGCAGGCUACACUAUACGUUUAUAUAGUUAAAAAUAUAUAUAUUUUAAUUUCUUGAAAUUUAGUCAUUGGAAAAAUGAAAUUGAAUAAACUCUUUUUGUU